UCUAUCGAUAUAUCGGUGUAGCGACGCUGGCAACACGAACUAUCGGUGUAGAAUCUUUGUUUGUUGUUAAUUUUGACGAGGAAAAUGUCACUAAAAAGACCCAAGCGCGCUGGACUUACCAAGGAAGCCACUUGGAAGAGGCUCGGGUUUUUGCCGGCCGACAAGGAGGGCAAGGACGGGGAUCCGAAGAAGUACCGGGCGAUAUGCAUCCACUGCCAGAAAUACCAGUCCAACACCAGCAUCGACAGGCUGAUUAUCCACAGGAAAUCGUGCACCUCGUUCCGGGAGGAUCUUUCGGUAGAGCUAGGUAUUCCGUCAACUCCCGGCAAGCCAGCAGCAGGCAGUGUGCGAAAAUCAACGGUGCUCCGAAGUAUGAAGUCGGACCCGCUGACCCCGGCAGGUCCUACAGAUGCUCCUGCAAGCGGCGAAUUCACCUCCACGGCCAGCCUGAUGGAGAAGUUGCUCGACGAGGACGACCAGCUGGUGCGCAUCGAUCUGGACCAGCUGGUGUCCCCGCUGCCCUCCGAGAGCAAUCGACUGCAGAAGGACCUGAUUAAGGCGGAGACCGAGUAUCUGGAGACCAAGUCCAUCUACUUCAACAAGAUGAACGAGAUCGCCGAGCUGCGGCGAACGGUGACCAUGCUGGAGGCAAAGAAGACCCAGCUGGAGAUCGCCAAGCUGCGUGCCGAGUGCGAGUAGUCUUAGCAUUAAACUUUAGAAAACAUUUAAAAAUUUUUACAAAUAUAAAAAUUCACUUA